AUGCAGCGCCAACCCUUCUCUCCGCCUCAAAAAUCCCCCGAAUUAUUCCACCCUCGCCCUCAGCACAUAUCGCAGGUUCCCAUGAUGCGAUCCCCUCCUCCACCUGCCUCACAGAACUCGUCACAGCCGCCUGUUAAUAGCUAUGGCAACCCCUAUCAGUCGCCGCCUGGGGAAGGGGGAAGUGGUGGAGGGGGAGGGUUCGGACCCAAUUUCAACUUCAUGAACGACCCAACGGCCCAGAUGGGGUUUCAAGUCGGGCAGCACGCAAUGAAGGCUGGGCAAGAGUACAUGGAACAGAAUCUGAACCGCUAUAUCUCUGUAUCCGCACUGAAACACUAUUUCAAUGUCUCCAAUUCGUAUGUGGUACGGAAACUGCUGCUUGUUCUAUUUCCCUGGCGGCACAAACCUUGGACGCGGCAGCAGGCUCGAAUGACCACCUCCUCCACGACUGCUGACGGCACAAUGACCCAACAAUCUUAUUCCUUCAACUACCUUCCGCCCCGCGACGACCUCAAUUCACCAGAUAUGUACAUACCAAUAAUGGCGUUGAUCACCUAUAUCCUCCUGUCGACUGUGCUUGCAGGAAUCAGAGGGUCGUUCCACCCCGAAAUACUAGGCAGCAUCACCAGCACGGCGAUUUUCGUUAUCAUCUUUGAAAUCAUCGUUCUGAAGAUUGCCAUGUAUAUGCUAAGCAUCAGCAACGAUUCUCAGCUCCUUGACUUGGUAGCUUAUUCUGGGUACAAAUUUGUGGGAGUGAUUGUCACACUCUUUCUCAGCGAGCUAUUGACUGGCGGGAGUGGUACGAAUAACUGGGUGGGCUGGACUCUGUUCUUGUACACCUGGUAUGCGAAUGCAUUCUUUCUGCUACGGUCCCUGAAAUACGUCCUCCUGCCAGAUGCUUCCGGAGAUCCGACAGCCAUGCGAGGCGGAAGCUCAUACACGGUGGCACGCGCACAAAAGAAUCGUCGCACAUAUUUCCUGGCACUGUAUGCAUUCGUGGUUCAAAUGUUGUUUAUGUGGAUCUUGAGCCGCGAAGAGGCAGCCGUCAAAACGGUUGCCAGUAGACUUGCUGGGCCGAGAGCAUAG